UGGUUCCUGCUUUCGGCGUGUGGAGGCCUUUUGAACGUGUGAAUCUGAAGUUUCCACGCCAUUUUCAUAUCUGGUUCUAGUGAGAGUUUUCACACGCCCCCAUUUAAAGACAAAGUUAGCCGUCUGAUAAGCGGAAGCGAUACACUUAGACAAUUUUAAUUAAAAUAAAUGUAAGUGUAUUAUGAACGUUUAUGGUGCAGUUAUGAGACAGCAAAUGUAUUUGUGGCUUUCUUACAGUGUUGCACAACUAUACUGUAACAGUAGAGCUUGCAGUAUUUGUUUUAGUGCAUGGCACAUAUUUAUUUCAGUCUUUGUAGUGACAUAUUUGCAGCUGAUCAAGCUGGUAAUGUUUUUGAGUCGCCAGUAUUUAAUGCUUUAUAUUUUUAUUUAAUAUUUAAUAUUCACAUAUAGUCCACUUAUAACCCUGAAGAACCCCAUAUAGUUUUUGUUAUUUCUGAUUAUUUUAUUUUAUGUUUGUGCAAGAUAUACUUACUAGUAAUAGCAAUCCAGAUUUAGCUAUAGAACAUCUUUUUUUUAUGGAAUAUAUGUGCAUUGAUAUACUCAAUACAUCUAAAGAUCUUUAUCUAGGAGGAAACAGUGGUGUUGCCUUGAAGAUGUGACUGAAUCAUGCUGGUUGGUGUACUUGCCUCUGUGGUUUCUAUAAAUAACCAAGAAGGCAGAGAAAGAUGGAGGGGAAAAAAAAUCCCUGAUAUGACGGUGGGAAGCCAUGACGUCCACGGACCAUCUGCAUCAGAGAGCAGCACCAGCAUCACCCGUUUCUAUGGCAACUCUGACAUGGGUUCUGACGCAGAAUCAGUCCUAUCUCUAUUGAUGUUGGUUGUCUGGUUCAGAUGUGCUUCAUCUGACUCUGUAGCAAGUUUUUGGUUGCCUACUUCACAUGAAGCUCGACGGAGCCAGAGCGUUCAAGUCUGCAAGCCCUUUCCCUGGCCUCCUUAGGGCUGUGCUGCAUAGCUGUCCUUCAUGACUCAUGCACAUGUGUGGGGCCCAGUGCCAAAGGGAUCAGAGGUGAUUCUAAUAUAUGAACACAGCAAUGAGAAAGCCUUCCUCUACAACACAAGCACUUAACAGCACCCCAGAGAGUCCCCAAGACCAGCCAACGCAAACAGGUUCGAACUAGAUCUCUGCUCCAAGUGACCUAAUGCAGGUUGGAGACUGUGCCUGAUUUUUAUGAUCUGCCUUUGCCACUCAGAUCAGGCCAUCACAUAUUUUUCAAAUUUGUGGUUGGAGAGGAAUCAGCUACAUGGAGCAAGAGGAUGUUUACAGCCAUGCACAAAUGCUAGACCGGUCUGUUUCCUAUUCCAACUUAGUCACGAUUGCCCCAUUUUAAUUAAUACAUUUUUCAUUCUUUAAAACAUCUAGAAACUUUAAAACAAAUCAGUUCAAACUAAUAUAUUGACCUGGCUUUGCUAGCCUGUGAAAUAUGCCAAGAUACCAAUUUCCCAAAGUCCUAUAAUAAUAUAUGAUAUAACCCUCUAGAGAAGCUCACCUUGGUUUUGACACGCAGAAACUGGAAAUAUGUAAAUAUUCAAUUACACGCAUUGUAAGAAUGAAAAAAACAACAACAACAACUGGUCUACAAUGUAAGAAAGGGACGUGAUGUUAGACACACGUUGGACACAACCCAUGUCUUCGAUAACCACAUGAUCAGCAGGUGACGCUAUUGUGCUUCAUAACGUUGUGUUCUACGUAAACGUGAAGGAAGAAGACUACAGGAAGAGUUGAUGGGAGUUGUAUUUACCAUCAGUGAUCAGGCGGUCGAUUCACGUACAACUUGUCCGAUGAAACAAUAUCUUAUUAUCUAACAAAGCUCACUCAAACGGCCAUCGCGUUAGGUUCAGGAUAAUGGAUCCAAAGAAGACGGUUAUUGUGACAGGGUUUGAACCAUUUGGUGAACAUGCUGUUAAUGCAAGCUGGGUUGCAGUGCAGGAGCUGGAGAAAUUGGGGCUGGGGCAAAUUGUGGACCUGCAUGUCACUGAGGUUCCUGUAGAGUACCAAGCAGUCCAGAACCUUCUGCCAUCGCUAUGGAAACGCUACAAACCACAGUUAAUGGUCCAUGUUGGAGUUUCCGGAAUGGCCACAACAGUUACCCUUGAAAAAUGUGGCCAUAACCAUGGUUACACGCGACUUGACAACUGUCACUUCUGCCCUGAAAGCGAGUGUUGCAUGGAGGACGGGCCAGACUGUAUCAGUUCAGUCUUAGAUAUGGAUGCUGUCUGCAAGAGGGUCAACUCCUCAGAACUUGGUGUCACUGUAUCUGUUUCUAAGGAUGCUGGCAGGUACUUGUGUGACUACACCUACUACACGUCAUUGUACCUGGGCCAGGGGCAUUCGGCUUUUAUUCACGUGCCACCGCUGGGGAAGCCAUACAGCGCAGAGGAGCUGGCCCGUGCCCUCAGGGCCAUCGUCUUGGAGAUGCUGGAGCAGAUGGAGAACAGCACCGUCAAGCAGCACUGCCAGCACGGCCAAUGAGAGCGCAUGCAGGAGGAGAAUCCCACCAGCAGCUCACUUGCCCUCUGUGUAGUGUAUGUGCAAAGGACGGGGCUACGAUUAUGUUCAUUGAUAUCAGUGGUUGCGCACAGUAUGCAGAGAAUCCUGGGCUGGUUUAAGACGCAGCCUCAGUGAGGCCUACAGCUGCUGUGCCCAGGUAAAAUCCAGAUGGCACUUUAUGGGGUAUAAUCAAAAGAUGCUGAGAUGUGGUGGCAUGCAUAGAGAUGAUUUUUGACGUGAUCUGAAUGGAAGCACUGUGCACUUCAUUAACCCUUCUAUAGCCAUGCGCAGUAAGGUUUCCAACACAGUCCCCAAAUCCUCUGCAACUUUUUAAUAUACCCCAGACAGACUCUGAACAGAAAGCUGUCAUGUUCCUCGUGCUUCUUUUUGACAGUCUCUUUAUAUAAUGACACAUUUUAUAUUGAUCUGGGUGGCUAGGCUCGGAGUAGUGUGUUUUAUUUUAGUGGAGAUAUUGAUCUAAAAAAUUUUUAAAAAGCAGUGUAUUUAGAUUGAUGUAUAAAAGGAAUAGGUAUCACCUGCCUUAUAGGGUUGAUUUAGAUGUAUAAUAGCCUGUUCAGUGUAAGCACUGAAAUGCUUCCAAUGGUCAGAUGUGAUUAGCUGUAGUAUCUGGAAAAUACUGUUUUUGAAAAUGAUGUGUAUUUGUAAUACAUCAUCAGUCAACGCACAUACUUUGGAAAUACCGAUGCCUUUUGUAUAUCAAGAUCUUCUGUAAACAUUAUAAGCAGCUAACAGGAGUAUUGUAAUUGUCAUUCAGCUUUAUUUCUGUGAAGGAUGAUACUGUGAAUCAGGAGUGUGUAUGACACUAAUAAUUAUUUGUCAUUAAGUGAAAGUGCACAAAUGAUGUCAAUCACAAGAAAUUUGAGUCUGAAUAUGGCAGUUAAUGUUCUCUCUUUCUCUCUUUCUCUCUCUCUCUCUCUCUCUCCUCCCUCCUUCCUUCCUAAGCAGAGGUGGUGGUGGUGGUGUUUUAUUUGUUUUUUGUUAAAGAAAAAACACUGGACCAGUCUGUGAAGCUGAUUGCUACAAUGUUCCAUAUUUAACUAGUUAUUAUCAUUUCAUAUUUAACCUGUGGAGUGGGGUUAGUCAUAUACAUGUGUUACCUAGUUGACAUUCCCAAAUAUAUGACACCUGUUUGUUUGCAGCCUAAGCCUAAGGUGUCCCCUAUGGCUUGCUUAGGCAUUCCAGUUGCUUUAUAUUAUGUCCUCUGACUACUGCAGGUUUUUCAAUACCAUCAAUACAUGUUAUUACUAAAUUGUUUUUCUUUUAGGUUAGUAGCAAUGUGUAGAUAAAUCUCUUAGUUGCAGAGUAUGUUUAACAUUUUUACUGAGUAUACUAGAACUAAUGUUUUGUUUUUUCUUUUUUAAAUAUUAAAGGCUGCGUGCAGUUUGUCUUACACCACGUGCAAACUGUAGUGUUAACUGACUAAGUGACUUGUCCAGACGUUGGCAUCUGUGAGGAGUUGGAAUCCCUUUUUGUUGUUUCCAUGGAUAGGGCUACUGCCAGCCUGCAUUGCUUCUUUUGCUUUGUUUCUUACCCUGACCACACAUCGAAAUUCAAAGUUCAGUUCAUUUCUGCUACACAAUACUGACUCCGUUGCUGUUACACGAGUAAAAGUUGAGGGUUGUGCGAAUGUCAAGACCGAAUUUCGAUACUUCUGGGCAAAAAUAAAUAAAAAUCUAUAUCUGAACGAUCUCAACUCCA